AUGGUACAUGCGUUCAGUGUAACUUGUGAAUCAAACCACCAGCCCAUUGUGUUUAGCAUUUCUACCCAGACUGGCAGCACCGCUCUGGAGCAAAGGCAUCAACUACUGUUUGAGUCUCAUGAUAAUGAUGUGAUAUUUAGGAAAAAGAUGCAGCUCAGUAGCCCAGCACUGGAGGCCAAGAUGGAGAAGAUCUCCAUGCCUACCAUGAACUCAGAUAUAGGUCAGAUACUUCAGGACCUGAGUUCAGCUCCAAAGUUCUACCAGAAUCUCCUGGCCUUGGCCUUUGCCAUAAAAGAGAUCAAUGAGAAUCCCAAGAUCUUGCCCAAUGUCACUCUUGGGUUCCUCAUCUACGACAGCUAUUCUGAUGCACGAAUGGCGUACCGUACCACCCUGGACCUGCUCUUCAAAUCGGAUAACUUUCUCCCCAACUAUAAAUGUAGCAGACAUAAAAAUCUAAUGGGAGUCAUUGGUGGACUUAGCUCUGAGACCUCCUUUCGCAUAUCAGAGAUCUUAACUCUUUACAAAGUUCCACAGCUCCAUGCCACUCUUCGAAGGAUCCAGUUCAACAACAGUGCAGGCGAGGAACUUGUGUUCAAUGAAGACGGAGAGCUAGAGGCUGGCUUCGAUAUUACUAACCUGGUUACUUUCCAAAAUGGCUCCUAUGUCAAAGUCAAAGUUGGGAGUCUGGAUCCUCAGGCAUCUUCAGGCCAAGAGCUCACCAUUGAUGAAGACAGAAUCGAGUGGCACAAAGACUUGACUCAGGUGAAAAAUGACUUGCACUGCGGACAGGUGCCUCCUGUCUCUCGGUGCAAUGAUAUUUGUUAUCCUGGUUCCAGUCAGAAAAAAAUAGAGGGGAGGGAAUUUUGCUGCUAUAAUUGUGAUCCAUGUCCUAAAGACUUGAUGUCAAAUAAAGAAGACAUGGAGGAAUGUGUCAGUUGCUCAGAAGAUCAAUUUCCAAACAAGGAACAAGAUCAAUGCAUUCCCAAGAUUAUAAACUUCCUCUCGUUUGAUCAAACCUGGGGCAUUGUUUUAGCCCUUUUGUCUCUUCUCUUUUCUCUGACCACAGCUCUGGUGCUUGGAAUCUUCAUCAAGCUCCGGGACACUCCCAUAGUCAAAGCCAACAACCGCAGUCUCACCUACACUCUUCUUGUCUCUCUCCUGCUUUGUUUCCUCUGCUCUUUGAUAUUCAUUGGACGGCCUAAUAAGAUGACUUGCCUCCUCCGACAAACGGCUUUUGGCAUCAUUUUCUCGGUUGCUGUUUCUUCUGUGCUGGCAAAAACUGUUACAGUGGUAGUGAUUUUCACGGCCACCAAGCCAGGAAAUAUUUUCCGGAAAUUGGUGGGGAAAAGUUUAGCACAUAGCAUUAUUGCUUCCUGCACCUUUGUACAAGUGGGUAUUUGCACUGCUUGGCUAUGUAUAUUUCCUCCAUUUCCAGAUUUGGACAGGCACUCGAUUUAUGGUGAAAUCAUAGAACAAUGUAAUGAAGGGUCAGUUGCCAUGUUUUAUGGUGUUUUGGGCUACAUGGGAUUCCUUGCAAUUGUCAGCUUAAUGGUAGCUUUCCUAGCCAGGAAAUUACCUGACAGUUUUAAUGAAGCCAAGUUCAUCACUUUCAGCAUGUUGGUCUUUUGCAGCGUUUGGCUGUCCUUCGUUCCAACCUACCUGAGCACAAAAGGAAAGGACAUGGUUGCUGUGGAGAUCUUCUCCAUCUUGGCUUCCAGUGCUGGAUUAUUGGCUUUUAUUUUUUUUCCUAAGUGCUACAUUAUUUUGUUGAAACCAAAUUUGAACAAGAGAGAGCAGCUAAUAAAGAAAAGACAUUAA